AUGAAAGGAGAACUUUCUGGUGAGGCAUCUGGAUUUGAUUCGGGUUUGGGUCGGUUAAAGCUUGAAAGGGAGUUGCGCAUCCCUCUCUCCCAUUUCAAAUUUUGGUCUCCAAUCCGCAUUCGCACAAACCCUACCCCUCAUCUUCUAUUUGCUGUUGGUGGGAACGAAUAUGAAAGUCAACAUCUUGCAUGGCAUGCCGUUGCUUCGUGGACUUGGGAUGCUCAGGAUGAAACAUGUGGGAUUUGUAGGAUGGCCUUUGAUGGGUGUUGUCCUGACUGUAAACUUCCUGGGGAUGACUGCCCACUGAUUUGGGGUGUAUGCAAUCACGCAUUUCAUUUGCACUGUAUCCUGAAAUGGGUGAAUUCUCAGACAUCACAAGCGCAUUGUCCCAUGUGCCGUCGGGAGUGGCAGUUUAAAGGAUAAGAGCAUAGGUUUUAUUUUUUUGAAGUGUGAUCACAAAGGGCAAUGUAAAUUGGUAUGCUUAAUUUGAAGACCUUUCUUCUUCGUCUUUUCCAUGCGCACAAGUUGUAUUGCUUCCUUUAGCAAAUGUAUAUCUUUACUGCAAGGAGAUCUAAACCAACGUUUUUUAAGUGCAAGUUUAUUUUUGCCGCCAAUGAUGAAUGAUAAUGUCCUUUUUUUC